CAACCCCUGUCAAUACAGCUGUCGGUCCCAGCAAGCCGAGACGCUUUGAAACGUCAAGUGCGCGUACGUGAGAUAGUCGUAAAUUGCUUGCAAUUCAAAUCAUCCUCCUAUCGGUAGAUCGCUGGACGACACGUUUCUCGAGCGGAAGACAAUCUGCAUCGACAAUCCAACAUUUGCACCUGUCUACCACAGGAUUCACCCAGUUGUGCGACAGAAAAAUUAAAAAAAAAAAAAGCCAGAAGAAACCUAGAUUGCCUCCACACUAGACGUUUCUAGUACUACGAUUUGACUACAACCCCGCGCCCCAGACAACAGACGACAAACGAUAAACGUUCCCAAUUGGCAACGACUCGACCAUUCGGCGAAACUGGAUCCCAUCUCGCCCGAGCUUUUUGGCGCGCUCCAAUUUUAGAGGAAGUCACCGAAGCCCUGUAGACAUAUUUCGGAUAACUUUUUGGAGAAGGUUGGAAUAGUUGGCGUCUGCCAAUCAAACCUACUGGGCUGCUUGCUUGACUGCUCCCACAAGGGACGCAUGUCCUUGCCAUGCGGUUGACUUUUAUCCAGUCAAGGCUUGCUGCAUCCCUCGGAGUUGCUGCGAGUCUUUUGCCGCUACACCUAGCCUUUGCUCAGGAAUUAAGUGGCGAAGGACGAGACACACACAAUGAUGCUUUGAAACCGAGAUUGGCUCCAGGCUAUGAGCCGGUCUUUAGUUCCAUCGACAGGACUAUCAUAGGCCGAGCCCCAGCUGGGGUUACACCACUGGAUAACAACAUACCGCGAAGGCUGGAGUUGCAGCCUGGAAGCACUCAGUUCCUUGUCUUUGAGAGGCCAGGGGAGGUUCGGACGGAGCUUCGGAGGGAUAUUGGCGGGACCCAAGAUCUCCCCCAGGAAAACGGCUUAUUCGAAGACGCGGCAGCCUCAUCAGGCGAUCUGGAUAGGCGGCAAGCUCCGACACGUUCUGUAUACAUCUCCGCCACAACAUGUCAGCAACCACAGGUCAAGGCGGACGCUACGGCGCCCGAAAUUCCCCAGCUCACAUUGUUCAUAUCGACCAAGAACCUGCGAGAUCUCACACAAAAUGGAAAUUCCAGCGACCCCAACAUGACCUGGCGCAUCUUUGACGAGGGUGCUGCCAUGUUUAACAUCACCACUUCCGAAAACGUCUUCGUUGGCAUCCAAGCACCGGCUCUGCCGAACACCAUAUCGGGCUCGUGGGGGUUUGAGGUUGCCGCCUCGACCGACCAGCCUUACCAUGGUCACAGCAGCAUUGAGACGCGGGAUCUGAUGUGGAUGGAUAGUGAUGCCUCCGGUGCGCUCAUGGUCACGCGGACCGCAUCUGGUCUUAGUGAAGGUGACCAAGGCCCUUAUGAGCUGUUUGCCAGUCGGGCUGAUGGCAAGAACCGCACCUUGAGCGGGAUCCGCAACUCCUACUGUGGCCUGCAGAAUUACGCAGAGAUCUCUGCCACAAAAGGUGGUGAGCAGAGUGUACUGGUGAGGUCCAGUCUGGUGAAGCGGGCUACCGGUAACAUGGCAAAACAACAGUUUCACUUGACUGGGCUUCAAGCAGGCACCGUGUACGACGGGAUUAUAGCCACCAAGCAAAGGGCGAACCUCCCAGGCGGCGGAGGAUUGGUAUUCAGGUCAACGCAGUUCACCACCAGACAAGUUGAGAAUAGCAGUUGCAUGCUCGUGAGCGGACUCGCCUUCUGUGACAAAGUGGCCUACAAGGUCCCUGCAAACACGACGGCGUUCCCCAAUCCAGAAGCUCUUGGGAAAGCAUAUGAUGAUCAGGCUAAAGAAAUCUAUGACAGUUUCGAGAUUCAAAUAGCCCAGGUUCAGUGCGAGACGGAAAAUGCACAGAUAUACUCGCUGGCGCGCACUUGUGACGACUGCCGCGCGGCAUACAAGGAUUGGCUUUGCUCAGUCUCCAUACCACGGUGUGAGGAGGUCACCGAGAACAAGGGAUGGCUGCACAACCGCAAUUUUGACAACAGUGAUGGCCAGCUCGAAACUUUCGAGGCGUCAUCGCGCAACAGCUUUGUCAACGAAGCGAUCGUCCCUCGGCCGUACAAGGAACUGUUGCCAUGUGAUGAGCUCUGCUAUGACCUGGUUCAGAGCUGUCCCAACUCGAUGGGCUUUGUCUGCCCGACACCUCAGUCCAAAUAUGGGUUCAACCACAGCUACCAUAUUCGAGAGCAAGAUGAAGCCAGCGGCGAGUUCAAGUGCAACUUUCCAGAUAAUGCACAUUUCAUCGGGGUUCGCAAAUCGGCAGCUGGUACUUUUAGGGCGCUUGCCGGCAGCGACCGAUUUUUAUCCCACUCUGUCGUGAUGUACGGCAUUGUGACGGCACUCGGUUUAGCCUUGAUGUAGAGCAAAUGCCGACUGAGUGCCGUAUUCGCUUAUAUGGUUGACCUCGCGACUUGCCUUGUCGCUUUGGUGAAAUCACUUUUUGUAUGAUUAAUCUGGGCGGGUGACUCUGUGACAAGAGAGCAUUGUCUUGUUGUCUUGUAUUCUCUGAGCAUUUUCUGCCAGCUUUAGCGUUAUAUAUAAUCUUGAACUUUUGGUCUGUAAAUAUUUCUCUUAGCAGUCCUGCAGAUAUAGUGGCACUUUGCGUACCAACUUCGGGCGGAUUCAACAUGAUUGAUCUGCUACCUGGGUGUUUCGAAACCACAGAGUCUUGUCUGGAAUAGAUUACUUUUAAAAUUAUGAGGAAUCAAGGACCAUAGUUCAUCGAAUUGAAUGUAGU